AUGGCCAGAUCAUCCGGCAAUUUGCAGCAGAAAUUGUCGCAGAUAAACAGCCGGUCGCGCUCAAGGGUGCGAGAGGGCAAAGUGUCCCGCAACCCGUUCAUCAACUUUCUGGCCGAGUUUCGCGCGACCAGAAAGGGCGUUAAAAUGACCGAACUGAGCAAGCAAGCAGGACGCGAGUGGCGCAACAUGAGCAAGGAGAGCAAGUCGCCCUAUCUGCAGAUGGCCCAAAACGCCCCGAAGAAGAAAAGUGCGAAGUGGAAGUCGCAGAGGAGAAGCACUCGAAGCACGCAGAAAAGAAGCAAGCGGCGCAGAUCCGGAUCGAAAGUGCGACAGGCGAAGCAGGAGCCCACCAGACAGGAACGCUGCAAGACGGCUGUGGACAAGCCGAAGGACUGA